AUGCCAACAGAGCGCUCGCCGACAAGAGCUUCAACGGGCUCCACGGCAGAGAACAUGAAUCCAACGGCAAAACAGCCAACGGGUGCACACGUAAACAAAGUCGCCGUCCGCGCACCACCCUUCUGGGAGAACGAGCCCGAGUUGUGGUUCGCACAGCUCGAAGGACAAUUCCUGCUCGCUGGCAUUACACAAGAUGCUACCAACUCGAAGGACAAUUCCUGCUCGCUGGCAUUACACAAGAUGCUACCAAGUACGCCCAUGUACUUUCACAAAUUGACACGAGCUUCACAAGAGCACAGGAUUCGCCAACUUCUGGAACACGAAGAGAUGGGAGACCGCAAGCCUUCGCAAUUCCUGCGGAACCUACGCACGCUCGCUGGAAACGCCGUACCCGAACAACUACUACGCACGUUGUGGCUCGGGCGGUUACCAACCACGAUGCAAGCCAUUCUGGCGACCAGAACGCAAGACCGACUGGAGGACGUCGCAGAACAGGCGGACCGUAUUCAAGAGGUCACCGUUCGUUCGGUCAACGAAGUGAAAACGGCGCCAGACGACCCAUCACCGAUGGCCCACCAAAUACGGCAGCUCACCGACCAGGUGGCAGCCAUGGCUCGACGUCUCGAGCAAACACCUCGUCCACGGAACCGAAACAGAAGCCAAUCAAGGGAGAAGAAUAAACGAGAUCAUCUCUGCUUCUACCAUCGAAAGUUCGGGCAACAAGCUCGAAAGUGCACCCAGGCGUGCAACUUCCAGUCGGGAAACGAGCGGGGGAGUCACUGA